UCAGAGUGCGUGAGUCAGGGUCACUCACUGGGUGACAGCUGCAGCUCGCCUUACAGGAGCUAAAUUGGGAGUUGGAAUGUCACACGCAUGCCCCUCUCCCCACCCCCACAGUAAUAUUAAUCUCCUCUCUGGGGAGUGAGGGACAAACAGUGCUGCCCACAGAGUGAGCAAGAUAGUGGUUUGGGGAACAAAAGGAGAAGUUCACAGGAGGGCACGUUAGAGCCGCAUGUGCCGGUGAGAGUGCCCAGGAAGGACCGGAGACAGAAGUGUCAAGCCGAGCAGGACCAGGGACAGGAACCACUAGGGCAGCGCCACCGUGAGGGGGCCACAGAAGGGAACCUGAGCAUCCACACCGUCUAAGGUGACCAGGAAGGGCCGGAGGCAGUCAGGCAAGGCCGGAGAGAGGGCCACAGCGAGGCCAGGCACAAGCGCUGAGGGAUGAACUUCACCGUGGGCUUCAAGCCGCUGCUAGGGGAUGCGCACAGCAUGGACAACCUAGAGAAGCAGCUCAUCUGCCCCAUCUGCUUGGAGAUGUUCUCCAAGCCCGUGGUGAUCCUGCCCUGCCAGCAUAACCUGUGCCGCAAGUGUGCCAACGACGUCUUCCAGGCCUCAAACCCGCUGUGGCAAUCCCGGGGCUCCACCGCGGUGUCUUCUGGAGGCCGUUUCCGAUGCCCGUCGUGCAGGCAUGAGGUCGUCCUGGACCGGCACGGCGUCUACGGUCUGCAGCGAAACCUGCUGGUGGAGAACAUUAUCGACAUCUACAAGCAGGAGUCCUCGCGGCCCUUGCAUUCCAAGGCCGAGCAGCACCUCCUGUGCGAGGAGCACGAGGACGAAAAGAUCAAUAUCUACUGCCUGAGUUGCGAGGUGCCCACCUGCUCCCUCUGCAAGGUCUUUGGGGCCCACAAGGACUGCGAGGUGGCCCCGCUGCCCACCAUCUACAAACGCCAGAAGAGCGAGCUCAGCGACGGCAUCGCCAUGCUGGUGGCAGGCAAUGACCGCGUGCAGGCCGUGAUCACGCAGAUGGAGGAGGUGUGCCAGACCAUCGAGGACAACAGCCGAAGACAGAAGCAGCUGUUAAACCAGCGGUUUGAGACUCUGUGCGCGGUGCUGGAGGAGCGCAAGGGCGAGCUGCUGCAGGCGCUGGCCCGGGAGCAGGAGGAGAAGCUGCAGCGCGUCCGUGGCCUCAUCCGUCAGUACGGAGACCACCUGGAGGCCUCCUCCAAACUGGUGGAGUCAGCCAUUCAGUCCAUGGAGGAGCCGCAGAUGGCGCUGUACCUCCAGCAGGCCAAGGAGCUGAUCAAUAAGGUCGGGACCAUGUCGAAGGUGGAACUGGCCAGCCGGCCACAGCCAGGCUACGAGAGCAUGGAGCAGUUCUCCGUGAGCGUGGAGCACGUGGCCGAGAUGCUGAGGACCAUCGACUUCCAGCCCGGUGCGGACCCGGAGGGGACCGCGGGGCCCACGCUGAGCCGCCCACCCGGUCCAGAACCGGUGCCAGAGGACCCGUGCGGAGACCACCCCGACCCCGGCCCGGAAGACCUCAAUAAAGGACUCUUGCGUCCCGGACCCGCGUGUCCUUCCGCCUCGCUUCCGCACCACCCCAGACCAUCUAUUACAUGCUUUCGAACAUAUUAA